CGGAGGCGGGGCUCGGCGUGGCUCCUCCUUCGCCCGCCCCCCAGGCUCCCGGGUUGGGCAGGGGGGUCUCCGAGCUCGCGGCUGGCUGUCCAGACGUCGAGGCCGGUGUGGGGAAGGGCCGGGUUCUGGCCAGGACAGGUCCCGGGCGCUGGGGUCUGGGCUGGAGCAAGGAGGCCCCACCUGCGCUUGGGUCCUCCGGGCCUGCUCCAGCUUUCCUUCGCCGGUGAUGGGGGCCGGGCCCCGUCCCCCCGCCCCCGGGGUGCUCGCAGUCUGGUCCCCAUGCACUCUCCUUGUGGCCUCCUUCCACCAGCUGUCCUCUCGCCGCCAUGCUGCCCCUGCUGCCCCCGUGCCUUUGUCGGCUGUGGCCCCGCAGCCCUCCCACCCGGCUCUUCGCAGAGGCCGCCCGGCAGCGGUCUGGUCCCAGAAACUACUAUGAGCUGCUGGGGGUACAUCCUGGUGCCAGCACCGAAGAAGUUAAACGAGCUUUCUUCUCCAAGUCCAAAGAGCUGCACCCUGACCGGGACCCCGGGAACCCAGCCCUGCACAGCCGCUUUGUGGAGCUGAGUGAAGCAUACCAAGUGCUCAGCCGGGAGCAGAGCCGCCGGAACUACGACCAACAGCUCCGCUCAGCAACUCCUCCAAAGCCUCCAGGAGCCGCCGCCCCUCCCAGGUCUGCCCAUCAGGCACAUAGCUCCUGGGAACCCCCCAAUGCACAAUACUGGGCCCAGUUUCACGGUGUGAGGCCUCAGAGACCAGAGUCGAGGCGGCAGCAGUAUAGACACAACCAGCGGGUGCUGGGGUACUGCCUCCUGAUCAUGCUGGCAGGCAUGGGCCUGCACUACGUCGCCUUCAGGAAGCUAGAGCAGAUGCACCGUAGCUUCAUGGAUGAAAAGGAUCGGAUCAUCACAACCAUCUACAAUGACACUCGGGCCCGAGCCAGGGCCAACAGAGCCAGGCUCCAGCAGCAGAGGCAGCAGCUGCAGCCACCGCCCGAGCCCCCCCCAGGCCCAGGAAUCAUGCCCCCCUGAGCCUCUCACCCGGACGGAGCCUGCUGUGUGUUCCCUCUCGGGACUCCCCCCACCCCAAACUCGUGCAAUAAAGUGAUUCUCAGCCUUC